AUGGCUCACGAUAUCAUGAGUCAAUUUUACACGUCCCUUAAUCUACCACUACAAGAUAAAUUAUUAGUAUUGAGCAGAAUCAUUGAACAAUCAAGUCCUAAUAAAGAUCUUCAAGCAUUAUUUCCUCAAUUAAUAAGUAGUAUCUUCUCCCCUACGUUCCAGAAUGGCUGGGGAUUGAGAACUGUUACUAAUGAAGUGAACAAAUAUGAUUUUGAUGCAUUAAUCAGUUUUUUUGAGCCUAUGGGUCCCAUGUUUCAAUUGUGCUAUAAGCUUUUAUCAGAUCCACAGCUUAAAUAUAAUUUACCCUUGAAUUUAUUGCCUCUUGACUUGCAAAUGACUUUAGAGAGAGGCAGAUGUCCACAGUUUUAUGCAGACAUGUUAACAACAGACUCACAAUCACUUAAUGUGGUUGCUUUGGCUCUCAAUCCAUUUGACUAUUACAUUCUGAAUUUUGCACUUCAUCUGGUGAACAACAAUCAGAACAAAACCACUUGGGAGAACUGGAACAGUGUUUACUUUACACUAGCAUGUGAUUAUCUCAUGCACUUCCUACCUUCAGAUCCAAAUGCAACUGUGCUACCACCAAUACCAAAUUACACGGGCAAAGUACCCAUGGCUGCUCCACUCCAGACAGCUAAUAGGCCUUUGUAUUCUCCGUCACUUCUGUUAAUACCUGAUUUAUCGGGUACUAGCAUGAAUAAUCAACAUUCACACACUACACAGAACCAAUCACGCAAUGAAGUAUGGCGUUCAGAAACAGUUCUCCAAAUCUUUAUUGAUAUAUGGAUGAGUGUGGAACAAUUUAAUUCUAGGAAUAUGGAGCUAUAUCAACGCAAUUGCCAAGUUGUAUGUUCAAGUCCAGAACGUGUCAGAACAGUUCGCGUGCUAGUCAAACAUUUACACUCCUUCUCUUCUAAACAUUUGUCAGAUCCUGCUGUGCGGUCUUCGGCCCUCCGAAAAUACGCAAGACAAAUUAUGUGUGUUCGUGCGUAUCAUUAUAUCAAACAUUUGGUUACAACAUGGCCACUAGACGCCUCGUUCAGGCUCGUUAUGGAAUUGUGGUUGAGCUUCAUACAACCUUGGAGAUAUGUUAACAACACUAUUUCACAAGACAGAUCUCCAGUCGCUACUAACCAACGAGAAGAGGCAAAUUGUAAUUGUCUGGAUGCUAGUUUUACUCAAUUUAUAGCAGAGAAUUUUCCAUCAUACACCUGUUUGUUUCAACUUGUGCUUCCAAGGUUUAUGAGAUUGGACUUAACGGCCUAUAAAAAUGCUGUAAUGUUGUUCAGAUUGGGAAAGGUAUUUUCACAGCAACAUCUUAUACCUGUUUUACGAAACUUAGAACAAGGAAUUACAGAAAGUGGUUCUAUAUUGAGCAGCAGCCCCGACAUUAAUUACAAUCCUGGCUUGGAACACAGCUACACAUACAAUGGUAUUCCACUACAUAAAUGGGCGACGAUUGCGAAGCAAGCUAUAUCUGAGUUAAACUUGGCAGCGAAUUAUGAAUAUGAACCUGUCUGGGGCGACAACACCCGCUAUUUUGCGUCAGAAUUAAUGAAAAAAAUAAUAUCUGCAAAAGCGCAAUCUGAAAAUUUUGUAGAAGAGUUCAGCCGUAAUAUAUAUUUACGUAAUCAAGGAAUUUGGGCAUCAUUUAAGCAUUUCCUGAUGAUUGGCAACCAAGAUGAAGACGUAAUAUUUUUAGAAGAGUGCAAGAAAGUACCUACUUAUUUGAACGCCAGUAUCCAUCACUUUUCCAGCAUUUUUGGGUUCAACGAAAACACGUUUGCAACAAACGAACCACCGACCAUUGAAGACAAUUCCUUGGACCAUUCGUCUUACAUCAAUUCAACCAGUUUUCCACUUUCAAUAACUAGCAAGCUCCGCAGCAAACCUACUGCAGUGACCUACAUGGGUGAUCCAGAUCUAAUGCCAAUUGCGUCAUAUGAAAGUACAAUAUUAGUUAGAAUGUUCUACCAAAUAGCUUCAAGAUUGAAUGAAAUUUAUGGCAACCACUUCACCCAACUAUGGAACAGCAACGAUCUAAGUGGAUAUAUAGCUCGUGAAGUAUUGCAGAGUCCUUGCGUUAUCCAGACUUACGUGAAGGAUACUACUAAUCAUCAGAACAUUGUAAGACAGGAGCUUCCUCCGCGUUUAUCACUGCGACGGCUCGGCUCUCAUGCUUUUGUUAUCUGGGUCACUAUCGGUAUAGUUGCGAGCAAUAUGCCACGCAACUACAAACCAGACCCUCGGGCUAAUUCUACCCACAUCACACAGCCAUUGGAUGUGGCCUUUUUCAGGCCCAUGAAAAUAGCUUGGCGAAAUAUUUUGUAUCAAUGGAAAAAAGCCGAUGGUCGCCAACAAGCAUCGGUUCCAAAAGGAUGUUUUCCACGUCUACUAUCCAUGCUUUUAGACGCCCUAAAACACAAUGCUAAAGAAAAUAUUUUAUCAGGAUUUAAAAAAUCUGGAAUAAAUCCACUGGACCCUACACAAGUACUGAAAAGAUUACCUGGAUAUGACAGAGUUAGCCAUCAAACAGAAACUAUCAAUGAAUCUGUUCUAACAAUACUAAAAGAAAUGAGAUAUGGAACCAUAAAUGUCGCUGAACCUAAAAGAAAAAGAAAAAUUGAAGUAGAGCCUGGAAAGAGCGUUAGUCUUGAAGAAAGUUAUGCUGUAACAGAAAUCGAGAACCAAGAGCCAAAGAAAAAAAAUAAGAAGACAAAUAAAGAAAGUAAAGACAUUAACAAGCAAAACGAACCAAUAACAAAGAAAGGAAAGGGAAUUGGAAAGAAAUCAAAAACACAACCACAAACAAAUGUAACAGAUGAAACGAAAUCUCUCGCCGCUAAAUGUUUACAAGAUGAUCUUGAAGCUGGAACGUCUCAGAUGUUUUACGAUCAUGAAAGUCAGUUAACCUCUGAACCAAGCACAAGCUUCUGUAAAGAAGAAACAGCCUUAUUACCACAGUCUUUGAGUACAUGUGAGGCUAAUGAUUACUUAGAUAUAGAAAAGGUACCAAUUAUUUUUGGUGAUGAUGUUGUUAUUGAUCAUUUUGAAACGAUUGACAAUUUAAAUGUCAGUUCUGAUGCCAUGAUUUCAAGUAAUGAAAUAAAAAGCAAUAACAAAAUUGAAAUUUUAUCUGAUAUUUCAGUUACAGAUCCUAAACAAUUAGCAAAAAUAUUAUAUGAUAAUAAAGUGAAAAGAAAACAACAAAAACAUCGAAAUUAUUACAGAAAUGACGAGGACAUAUUAUCCGAUUUAAUGUCUGAUACUGAUUAA